GGAGCCCCACGCCUAAGGGGCGCAGCAUGCGCUGGUGUGGCGCGUAACCAUGUUGUUGCUGUUGUUGCUGCUGUUGUUGCUGUUGCUGUUGCUGAUGAUGGUACAACAUUUGUUGAUGCUGCUUAUGCUGAUGAAAAUGAUAAUAAGCAUGCUUUCGUUGUUGCCGGUGAUGAUUAUAGAGAGGAUGUUGUGGCUGUGGUUGCUGCUGCGGAUGCCAUUGCUGCUGCCUUUGUGGAUGCAACUGUGCACAGCUUUGGCUGUAUUCCGUCAGGAAUGCCGGUACCGCAUGGCUCGACUUGUUGCCCAUGAGUGUGAAGGGUGA